AAACAGGGGCAAGAGAGAGAGAGAAAGAUGGGAGACCAGAAGCUAUGUGGCGCAUUGGGGCUAGUACUCACCAAAUUGAAACCCUACUUGGCUAUGGUCUCCCUCCAAUUUGGGUAUGCAGGGAUGUUUAUAAUCACCAUGGUUUCUUUGAAGCGUGGCAUGAGUCAUUGGGUCCUGGUAGUGUACCGCCAUGCAGUUGCCACACUAGCCAUGGCUCCAUUUGCACUUCUUCUUGAAAGGAAGAUCAGGCCAAAGAUGACAAUCUCAAUCUUCCUGAAAAUAAUGCUGCUCGGCUUACUAGAGCCCGUAUUCGAUCAAAACUUAUACUACGUGGGAAUGCAGUACACAUCAGCAACAUUUGCAUCUGCCACAAUCAAUGUCCUCCCUGCCAUUACAUUUAUAAUGGCAGUUAUUUUCAGGUUGGAGAGAGUUAAAAUGAAACAGAUACACAGUGUAGCAAAGGUGGUCGGAACAGUCAUUAUAGUCACCGGAGCAAUGCUGAUGAAUUUGUACAAAGGUCCCAUUGUUGAUAUCUUAUUCUCCGGAGGAGGAGGAGGAGGAAACCACCAUAAACACAGCAGUAGCUCUUCUGCUCAGCACUGGACCACCGGGACAAUAAUGCUCCUUUCCUGUGUUUUUGGUUGGUCUGGUUUCUUCAUACUGCAAUCAAUUACCUUGAAGGAGUACCCAGCAGAGCUCUCUCUCGCAGCUUUGAUAUGCUUGUUGGGCAUGGUUGAAGGUGGAGCAGUGGCACUUGUCAUGGAAAGAGACAUGAGUGCUUGGGUAGUUGGUUUCGACUCCAGGCUUCUUGCUGCAGUCUAUUCUGGGAUAGUUUGCUCUGGAAUUGCAUACUAUUUGCAAAGUAUGGUGAACAAGGCUCGAGGUCCACUGUUUGUAAGUGCAUUCAGCCCUCUCUGCAUGAUCAUCACGGCCAUUCUAGGGGCCUUAGUUUUGUCCGAGCAAGUUCACCUCGGAAGUUUAAUUGGAGCCAUCAUCAUUGUCAUCGGUCUGUACUCAGUGGUGUGGGGAAAAAGCAAAGAUCAGCCAAGUUCCAUGAACUCCAUAACCAGUGAGAAUGGCCAAUCCAAUGAAUUGCCAGUAGUUAACACCACCAAAUCCAGCGUUAAGGUUGGUGGUGAUGGCAUUGAUGGACCAGUAAAAAGUUGUCUACCACAGGAGCCAUGAUAGAGAAGCACAAUCUCUCUCUCUCUCUCUCUCUGUUUCACCUCGUGGAACUGAAUCUAAAUAUGUCGUUUUUUGUGCAUCAAUACAAGUUGAAAUCCAUGUUUCUCAAG